GACCCAUCUAUCGGGAUAAAGCCCACAUGAUCGUGGGUGGAUUCGGAGAUAAACCCACUCGCGGGGAAAAACCCACAUAAGACAUCCUAUUUCUCUUUUCUUCUCGACAUUAUACCAAUUAAUAUGCCCGGUUCGUCAAAGAAGGAAGCCGUAUCUCGAUUGAAAUGCACUGCGUGUCAUAAGACCUAUUCCAGUAUUAGUCAUUUGCGUCGGCAUGAGGCGACACAUAAUAGUCAGCGUGUAAUUGUCUGCCCUUCCUGUUCGAAAAGCUUCGUAAGAAUUGACGUGGCCCGCCGGCACCUACGGAGCUGUGUGAAAGAUGACACCGAUAUCGAUCUUCCCACUGCAAAACGCGGUAAAAAGCCGAAAGCGUGCGAUAGAUGCUCGCAAAGCAAGGUUACAUGCAAUUUAGAAACACCAUGUUCGCGGUGUCGGUCUCGUGGUCUCACCUGCUCGUACCUACGAGUGGAUGAUUUGACUGCGCCGACGUCGACGGACUCACCAGUUACAAACACGGACCAAUGGCUCCUGAGGAUGACCGAUCCCCUAGCUGGCGGAACAGCGGAAGCCGUAGUCCAGGAUAUAAAUGCCGAUAGUGUUAUCGAUGGAGAAACCAUGCCAGUUUCGAUGGCAGCAUUUGAAGACGAACCUUUUCCCCAGGAUUCGGGCGCUUGGAUGUCUAGUUUCUAUUUGGACCCUUCCUUGGACCUAGGCGACGGGUACUCGGUAGACGUCGAGAAUCCUGUAUUCGAGCCAACUAUGUUAAGUGCCCGGCUGGAAGAAUUGAUUAAACAAUUAGCUGAUGCCCAUCAUGUUAUGAGGUUCAACGGUGUUACGAGCGAGCUGGAUUUCAACAUUGACCUUGCUCGGUCCGUUUUCACUGCGCAAAAUGCCGAAUAUUUCCUCGCGGUAUGCUUCCAACACAUACAUCCUUAUCAUCCCAUCAUACACCCUCCGACAUUUAAUUGCGAGAAAGUUUCGUUACCCCUCCUACUUGCGGUUUUCCUCUAUGGGGCGUUGUUCUCGGUGCCACUGGACGAUGCUAUUUCAGCACAUUCGUUCUUCCGUGUCGCAGAAGAGUAUAUCUUUAACCAUCCCGAUAUGAAGCGACUGGCCGAGCCAAACAACAAUUCGAGCAAUAUGGGCGAUAGUCUAGAGAUCCUUCAAGCAGCAUUUUCAAUAACAGUCAUCCAAAAUAGUAGGAACGACGAAAUCACUCGCCGUAGGAUACGAGUCCAAAGGCAUCCUUAUUUAGUUGCUGCGACAAAAAUGACAGGUGUACUGCAGGCCAAACACCAAUUGGACCUAUCCGGGUAUACGGCCUCGGAUUGGGACCAAUUUAUCAAAGAGGAGACAGGUAUUCGAAUUGCGCAUUGGAUUCAAUUUAGCAAUUGCUUCUUGGUAUGUUGUUUCAAUGGCCAUGCUCAGGUUUAUACAGCUGAGAUGGUUGGUGAUAUGCCUUGUCGAAGAGAAAUAUACGAGGCAGAAACAGUGGAAGAGUUCGCCCGAUUGUUGUCGCUAGAGCCAUCAGGAGGACCACAACCCCAAUCGUUAGCAAACGCUAUCUCUUUUCUUCUUCAGGACUCAUGGCCUGGGCCGGAUCAUGAAGUAUAUAAACGUUUUACGCCGGAGAUUCUAGCGAUAAUCAUUAAUAGUCUCGGUACAUCCAUCAUCGUAGCAAGAGGAAAUGGUCCAUUCUCCAUGGUCUCUCAGCAAUAUCUCCGUGCUUGCAUGCGAUGGAAAUCACUCUGGGAGACACUGAUGAAAAAGGACAGCCAGGAUCAAAGAACAUUGACAGGAUUCGUAAAACAUGCUAUGGAUUUCUGGUGGUUUUGUAUAGCCCUCAUCAAAGCCGAACAAUCGGGUGAUCUAUCGUGUCAUUAUAUGACAAAUUUUGGUCUCGAUUCCUUUGCUGCUAUUCAUGAGUUCUUACGACGGUAUAAAGGACUCAGAUUACAUGAAGUGUUAGCGAUGGAGAAGAGGGCAUCGACCCGUUCAUCACCGGUCUCCCGCUAAUACACUGAAAAGCGAUUUAUUCUGCAUAGUAAUCAAAGAUCCGGAGGGUUUUGACGGAAGAAUAUGUAUAAUUGUACAAAUGAUGGGCAACGGCCAUGAUAGAAUUAAUUGCUGUGUUUAUUUAGGGAGAUAAUUAAUUGAUCAGGGCUGUAUUGGCUCAGCUGUAGCUCCCUAACGCUAGGUCAAAACCCCCACUAGACUUUCCCGCCUAAGCCCCGCAUCGGCCGCUAUCAAUCACCCGGUCGCAUU